UUCCGUAUUAGUGGGAUACACCUGCAAAAAGUAUUAACAAACAGAGAGAGAGAGGAGAAAAAAACUGAAGAAGACGUUGGAAGAUAAAAUAAAAUCCAUGUCGAGAGAGAGGAGCAGACGUGAAUUACCUCCCGUUCAAGAGCAUAUUGAUAAGUUGAAGAAAGUGGUAGAGGAAGGCAAUUACUAUGGAGCCUUGCAGAUGUACAAAUCCAUCAGUGCCAGAUAUGUUACUGCUCAGAGAUUCUCUGAAGCUCUUGAUAUCCUCUUCUCAGGGGCAUGUCUUGAACUAGAGCACGGCCUGGUGAAUUGUGGUGCGGACCUUGCUUUUUUGUUUGUUGACACACUAGUUAAAGCCAAGUCACCUUGCAAUGAUGAAACUCUUGAUCGUAUUAGGUGUAUGUUCAAGUUGUUUCCUCGGGUUCCUGUACCACCUCACCUGGUAGAUGUCAGCGAUGAUGAAGACGUCCAUAAUCUUCAGGAAGCUCUUGGGGAAGCUAGAUCACGUGUAGAAAACUUGACCUCCUUCUUGAGAGCUGCUAUUAAAUGGUCUGCAGAGUUUGGAGGCCCAAGUACUGGACAUCCUGAGUUGCAUGCUAUGCUGGCUGAUUAUCUUUACACCGAGUGUCCUGAACUUGACAUGGUACGAAUAUCACGGCAUUUUGUUAGAGCCGAGGACCCUGAGAAGUUUGCAUCUACGCUGAUCAACUUCAUGGGCAGGUGUUAUCCUGGUGAAGAUGACCUUGCAAUAGCACGAGCUGUUCUCAUGUACUUAUCUAUGGGUAACAUGAAAGAUGCAAAUUUGAUAAUGGAUGAGAUUAAGAAACAGGCAGAGGCAAAACAUCCUGAGUUUUCAGAAUCAGACCUUAUCCAAUUUACCUCAUAUCUUCUGGAGACGUUGCAGAGGGAUGCAUUGCCUCUUUUCAAUAUGUUAAGAGUAAGGUAUAAGUCUUGCAUAGAUAGAGAACCACUGCUUAACGAGUUGCUGGACGAGAUUGCAGAGAGAUUUUACGGUGUGCAGCGUAAGAAUCCUUUGCAAGGAAUGUUUGGAGAUAUCUUCCAGAUGAUGGGAUAAGGAAGGAGAUAGAAGUGGCAAUAAUACUCUGUAAUUUUGGCAAUGUUCUAAUAAAGGGAUAGCUCUCUGGAGAAUUCUCCAGUUUAUAUAAAUUUGUUUCUCUUGUCCUCAAGUGGAUAAGAAUUUUGUUCUUGUAAACAUUAUACAUUGUCUUUGUCAGUACUACAGUUUCAAGAUAAACGAAAAGGAAUGCUAGAAGAAUUUUGAAACU